AUGACGUGGCGUCAGUGAUCAGUCAAAAGGUGUUGGCUGAUUUGUUUAGUAACGAGAGGUUUUUCAAAAUUUGUUAAUGUCAGUUGUUUGUGCAUUAGUUAAUUUUGCGUUCCCAUGUAACGUUUAUGUUCGUUCUUUUUUUUUAUUGUGUUCUUUUACAUAAAACAAUUUUUUUCUGAAUUGGUUUUCGAAGUCGCUUUUCGUUCGAAUAUGUUAUCGCGAGUGAAAAGUUUGCUUUCAGCCUGUAAUCAUCAACAGUAAUGAUACUGUCCACAGCCAAUUUUGCAACAAUCCAAAACGAACAUGGUCACUACGUCAAAUGGUUAGUGAUUUUAACGAUUAAACACAAGCAACAUGGAUAUCGGAGGCAGUUGAUUUCAUCCUUUAAUUAGACGAUCUAGUAGUCAGCUAAUUUCAGAAAGAGUAAAGAAAGGGAUAGUUCUAACAAUUUACAUUACAAAAAACAGAGCCAUAGACAUUCAGAAUAUCACUUAUAUGUGAUAACUCCAUUACAAAUGUACGUAUCUAGGAACCAUCGAUAUACAUAGGUAUUAUUAGAAGUUUAAAAUAUGGCGACUAUAGAUAACGAGGUGUUAAUCAAAGUGGCUUAUGCCGGCAUAUGUGGUACAGAUUUACACAUUGUGCAAGGCGCAUUCCCUUGCAACGGAGUAUCCCCUUUUAUUUUAGGGCACGAAUUUUCGGGGAUACUGGAAGCAAAAGGAAGGAAUGUAAAAUGGCUUCAAAUUGGCGAUAGGGUGGCAGUAGAUCCGAACAGAUCUUGUAAUAUUUGUAACUACUGCCGCGAAGGUAAUGUGAAUUAUUGCAAAAACGGUGGAAUAAAUAAUACAUUGGGUAUUGUUAGAGAUGGAGGAUGGGCAGAAUACGUUAGUGUGCCUUCUGACGAAGUUUAUAAACUUCCGGAUUGUAUAACUUUAGAACAAGCUGUUCUUCUUGAGCCGUUAUCAUGCAUUGCUCACGCAUGGUCUAAGAUAAUGCCCAUUAGACCGGGCCAAAAGGUUUUGGUGCUUGGGGCAGGAAUCAUAGGAAAUUUAUUUGCUUGUGUAUUACACUCUCAAGGGCACAGGGAUGUCAUUGUUUCUGAACCAGUGGGGUCACGAAGAAAUUUACUGAAUAAUUUGGAUACAGGAUUUGAAUGCGUCACUCCCGCGAAGCUUAAAUUGAAAAAUAAUCUUUUUGAUGUAAUAAUUGAUACAACUGGAUAUGCACCAGCUGUCGAAGAAGCGAUAUAUUUGCUGGAUUUUGGAGGAAAAGUUUGUUUGUUCGGUUGCGCCAAUCCAGAAGCUAAGAUAAGCAUACCUGCCUUUGACAUUACUGCCAAAGAGAUUCAACUGUUUGGAGUAUUUUUAAAUCCAUUGUCUUUUACAAAAGCUGUCGGCUUAAUGAAAAGUAUGGGACAAAGGUACUUUGAUUUUGAAAAGUUAGGAAUAAAAACCUACAGCCUGUCCAACUACAAAGAAGCUUUAGCAACUCUAAAAGAUGGAACGAUUUCUAAAGCUGUUUUUCGAAUUUAAAAGCAUUAGCUGCCUACUUUUUAGUGUUCUGUAUCUUCUAAGACUUCAAAACAAAUUUUAUUAUUACGUUGACAUGUAGCUACUAAAUAAAUAAAAUAAUUAUGUUAA